AUGUCCUACCAAGGCCGUCCGAUUCGCAUCGCAGGUGCUUCGGGCUCUGCCUCCGAUCGCCGCCAUGCCAUCGCCGACUUUGCUCAACAUCACCCCACCGAUCCGGUCGAUGUGAUCAUUGCCGAUUUCAUGAGCGAAUUUAACAUGGCCACCGCCGCGGGUCGGCGAGUGGACCAAGCACCUGAUGCGGCGCCCGCAUACGAUCUGUCCUUCCUCGAGGCCCUGGCACCCGCCUUGAAUGAUCUCGCAACACAUGGCAUCAAGUUGGCCGUGAAUGCCGGGGUGACAGAUACAGAGGGACUCUAUCACGCCGUAACCAGGUUGGUGCAAUCGAAAGGGUUAGAUCUGAAGGUCGCAUGGGUCUCGGGUGACGAGGUCCUCCCGGCGGUCCAGGAAGCGCUGUCAUCGGGACAAUCCGAAUUCCGAAACGUAUAUACGGGGGAGCGGUUAGCGGACUGGGCCUUCCAGCCCAUCUACGCCCAAUGCUACCUGGGGGGACUGGGGAUUGCCGCUGCCCUGGCGGACGGCGCCGACAUUGUCCUAUGUGGCCGGGUGUCAGACGCAUCGCCCGUCAUUGGGGCCGCCUACUGGUACCAUGGCUGGCGGCGGGACGAACUCGAUAAGCUGGCCAAGGCCUUUGUAGCCGGCCAUCUGAUCGAGUGCAGCAACUACGUCUGUGGUGGCAACUUCACGGGAUUCCAAGCGCUCGAGCAUGCCGGCGGCGACGGCUGGGCCAAUAUCGGCUACCCCAUCGCGGAGAUUUCCGCCGAGGGCGACGUGGUGAUCACGAAACAGGCGCACGCCACGGGAGGGGCGGUCUCGGUCGAUACCUGCACCUCGCAAUUGCUGUACGAAAUCCAAGGCCCCUGGUAUUAUAACUCCGACGUCACCGCUGUGCUGGAUGGUAUCUCCUUCGAGCAGCGCGGCAUCAACCGCGUUGCCGUGCACGGCGUCCGGUCGGGCCCGGCUCCGCCCACCACGAAAAUCGGCAUCACCGCGCGGGGCGGCUUCCAGGCAGAGGUAUGGUGGUUUUUGACCGGGCUUGAUCUCGAGGCCAAGGCCCGCAUGCUGGAGGCGCAAGUACGCCGCCUGUUGGCCCCCUUUGCGGAUCGCUUUACUGCGCUCAACUUUGACCUGCUGGGUGCUAGUGAACCAGAUCCGCACAACCAGAACCGCGCCACGGUCCCCCUUCGCAUCGUGGUGCAAGCACGGCGAGCGGAGGAUCUCGCUCCCACGCGGUUCCUGAAGCCCAUAACGGACAACAUCAUGCAAGGCUAUCCCGGCGCUACCUUCCACCUUGACCUGCGGCAAGGGUUUCCGCGCCCCAUCUUUGAGUACUAUGUGAGUCUGCUGCCCCAGAGUGCGAUCCGACACCGCGUCCAUCUACCCUGGAAGCCCACGACUGCGACGCAGACGCUCGAGAUUUCCCCUCCACCGCUCACGCAGAGCUACCCGGCCCGGCAGCCGUCACAAGCGCGCACCGAUGUGGCCUUGAAUCCGGCACGCGACUUUGGUCCCACGACCCGCGGUCCCCUGGGCUGGAUCGUGCACGCACGUUCUGGGGACAAGGGCGCCGACGCGAACUGCGGCUUCUGGGUCCGGCGCCGCGACGAGUAUCAGUGGCUUCGAGCCUUGCUCUCGACUGAGAUGGCAAGUGACCUUCUGGGCGAGACGGGCCGGACCAAUCCGCAAUUGGUCAUUGAGCGUUUCGAGUUGCCCGGCCUCCAUGCCGUACAUUUCCUGUUUCGAAACCUGCUCGACCGCGGCGUGGGCGUCACUACCACGGUUGAUUUUCUGGGGAAGAAUGUCGCGGAGUACCUACGGGCACGCCAUGUCGACCUGCCGGUGCGAUUCCUGAACCGCGGGAGGCUGUAG